AAUUGUGUAGGGGACGCAGUCUGAGUAACCAGUCAUAAAGCACAAAAUAUGCUAGGGGACCCGGAUCAGGAAACCACACUGCGAAGGAAGAAGUUGCUAACAUGGUCAAAAACAGUCGAACUAAAGCUUCAAAAUUCUGUCAGCAAAGAGAAGAAGGGAAUUCAAGCAAGAAGUUGAAGAAGAAAGAUGAUGUGAAACCUCGACUGGAAGUACAUCUGGAGCAGAUACCUUUUAAACUGCGUGCAAUUAUGAAAAGUAGAGAGAAAAUGAAUAUGGGAUCCAAUCAACUGAAGAAAACCAUGAGAGCAUGUAAGCCCAAAGUACAGAUGGAAAUCUGUGAGCAGGAACACAUCAGAGUUCCACACUUUCGGAGGGGAAAGCAAGAGUCAGAGACAGCUUACCUGCGACGCAUGUCACAAGAAACACAGCAUGUUUUCUUUCUCACCAAAAACCAGCCAGAGAGACAUCCUGAACGACACCUGGAGGAGAAGGCAUCAACUUCAAACGAAGAGAUAAAAAAAAAAUUGUUUAACAGAGGAAGAUGGCUGCAUAAGAAAAAAGUCAAGCCACAGGAGUAUGUGGAAAACAAGAUAUUUGAAGAUAAAAUACAGUUUGGAGAGGUUGCAUUAGCACCUCCAUCACUGACUGUCAAACCAAAGAAGGCUCCUGUGAAAACUCAGAGAGCAUCCAACAGCCUUCUUCUGAGUUCUAUACUUGGCCACACUGAUGUCUCAACAGUUAGCCCAUCUAUGGCAAGGCAGAAGAUAAUUGAGGAAGAACAUGAAAGGGUGGUCCACGCUUACCGCCAACUGAAGAGGCAGCACGAGCAAAAUCAGCAGCAAAAGUCAGGGAUUAACACAUUCCUAAACCCUCAAUGAUAUCUCCAGGAAAUUGUUAAAAAAAAAAUUGCACUCCUGUGAAUUAUCAUUGUAUAGUAAGAAUGUUGCAUUUCAGUUGAUGGCACUCCACAUGUUUGGCGGUUGUGCGUUGAAACAUUACCAUUUUCAAUGUAGGCCUCAUUUUUUUUUUUCCCUCCUUCAGGUGAAUGGAAAAUAUAAUAGAACAUUCAUGCAUAUGCUUAAACUUGCUGAUUAUUAUUAAAUAUAUUGAUUUAAAACAAA